AUGACCAUUUCAUCUAGCUCGGGUAGCUCAGUUGGUUAGAGCGUGGGUCUAAUAAACCCAAGGUCGAGGGUUCAAGCCCCUCCCGGAGCAAUAAAAGUUGGCAAGAGAAAGAAAGGAUUUAUUUCAGUCGGCUCGGGUAGCUCAGUUGGUUAGAGCGUGGGUCUAAUAAACCCAAGGUCGAGGGUUCAAGCCCCUCCCGGAGCAGUUUUUUUUACUCUGCUAAAUAAAUGA